ACACGCCCCGCCGCCUUCCUGAGCUCUCCCAGAAGAUGUCGGGAGCUAUCUUCGCGCCCCUGGAGGGCCUGGGAGCCCUGGACGCUGCGAGCGGCCACCCGCUGGUGUGCCCGCUGUGCCACGCACAGUUCGAGCGCCCGUGCCUGCUGGACUGCUUCCACGACUUCUGCGCCGGCUGCCUGCGCGGCCGCGCCACCGAUGGCCGCCUCGCCUGCCCGCUGUGCCAACACCAGACGGUGGUGAAGGGCCCCAGCGGGCUCCCUCCGGUGGAUCGGCUGCUGCAGUUCCUGGUGGACAGCUCAGGGGAUGGCACGGAGGUGGUGCACUGUGCCAACUGUGACCUGGAGUGCAGCAAGCAGGCAGGGAUGCCUGGGGGUGGGCCGGGACCGAGGGUGCCAGGUUUGACGGCCCUGAUGCUCCCUGAUGCGCUCAACAUGUCCUUAGACCAUUACCCGUCAGUGGAUUCUCCAACACCUAAGGCACCCUGGAUCCCAAAUGUGGGCCCCAUUUUACAGGAUGCAGAGACCACGUACUUCUGCAACACGUGCGGGCAGCCGCUGUGCGCGCGCUGCCGCGAUGAAACGCACCGGGCACGCAUGUUCGCGCGCCACGACAUCGUGGCCCUGGGCCAGCGCAGCCGCGAUGUGCUCCAGAAGUGCACGCUUCACGCGGAGCCCUACAUCAUGUUCUCCACCGACAAGAAGUCGCUGCUGUGCAUCCGCUGCUUCCGGGACAUGCAGGGGGAGAGCCGGGCGCACUGCGUGGACCUCGAGUCAGCCUACGUGCAGGGCUGCGAGCGGCUGGAGCAGGCGGUGCUGGCCGUGAAGGCCCUGCAGACGGCCACACGCGAGGCCAUCGCGCUGCUGCAGGCGAUGGUGGAGGAGGUGCGGCGCAGCGCGGCGGAGGAGGAGGCCGCCAUCCACGCCCUCUUCGGCAGCAUGCAGGACAAACUGGCAGAGAGGAAAACGCUGUUGCUGCAGGCUGUGCAGAGCCAAUACGAAGAGAAGGACAAGGCGUUCAAGGAGCAGCUGUCCCACCUGGCCACUCUAUUGCCCACCCUGCAGGUUCACCUGGUCAUCUGCUCUUCCUUCCUCAGCUUGGCCAAUAAGGCUGAGUUUCUGGACCUGGGCUAUGAGCUGAUGGAGAGGCUGCAGGGCAUCGUCACACGUCCCCAGCACCUCCGGCCAGCACAGAACAGCAAGAUCACCAGCGACCACCGCGCCGAGUUUGCGCGCUGCCUGGAGCCGCUGCUGCUGCUGGGGCCGCGCCGGGUGACAGGUGCUGGGGGCGGCGCCAACACACUAGCAGCGGGCUCAGGCCCCAAGGUGCUGAUGGGGCCCAGCUGCCCUUCCCCAGUGGGAAAGAUGUUGGGGUCGCCGGUCCAAAAGCCCACGCUGCACCGGUCCAUCAGCACCAAGGUGCUGCUGGCGGAGGGGGAGGAUACACCGUUCACAGAGCACUGCCGCCACUAUGAGGACUCCUACCGGCGCCUGCAGGCAGAGAUGCAGAACCUGAAGGACCAGGUACAAGAGUUGCACCGGGACCUCACCAAGCACCACUCGCUCAUCAAGGCAGAGAUCAUGGGAGACAUCCUGCACAAGUCCCUGCAGGUGGACGUGCAGAUUGCCUCGGAGUACGCUUCCCUGGAGGGGAUGAGAGCAGUCUUCCAGGAGAUUUGGGAGGAAUCCUACCAGCGGGUGGCUAACGAGCAGGAGAUUUACGAAGCCCAGCUCCAUGACCUUCUCCAGCUGAAGCAGGAGAAUGCCUACCUGACCACCAUCACCAAGCAGAUCACGCCCUAUGUCCGCUCCAUUGCCAAGGUGAAGGAGCGGCUGGAGCCCAGGCUUCAGGCGCCAGCAGACGAACAGUCGGAGCACCUACAAAACACGUGUGAUGACAGCGCCAACGGUGAGACUCAGGCCAGGAAUGACCCGGUGAGUGUCACAGAGAAGAGAGAGAAAACAUCAGAACGUAGAGGGAACGGCCGGACUCUGAACAGCCUCACAGAAGAGCCUCCACUGAAGAAUAAAGACCCUCAUAGACCCAGACAGAAGAACGGGGGUGAUAUCCCCACACGGAGAGAGCGCCCGACUUAGCAAAUGGGACUGGUCCUGAGGGGUGGGUAUUUUACAGCCUGCACAUCAAGACUGGGAUAUUUAAGAAAACGUUGUUCCCAUCAUGAAACACAGGGUAAUCACUAGACAGCAGAAGACCCCAGAAACUCUGACAGGUCCUCAUUUCAGAUUGUUUCGCCUGAGCUGAGCUUCACUCUUCCCUGUGUUCGCACUGCACGAAGUCUUGGUCCCCAUCACGCAGCUGCGGACGGCAUCCCAGUCCACAUGGAAAAGCCCUUCGCUGCUCUGGCACCCCCUUAGCGUCUGCAUGCGGGGACCCGCACUCCCAUCAGCCCGCACCAGUCCAAACUUGAGAUAAGGAGACUCCAGCACUGUGCAGCACUGGCCCUGCUGAAUCGCCACACUGUGAGAGCGUAGCCAACACCACAGACGGGAUUACACAGCAUCACCUGGCGGGGGACACGAAGUUGAUCAGGGUCAGUGUCCCGACACCGAGAACUUCAGCAGCACCUGCUUCUCCUGAAUAUCCACAGAGGACUUCCUGCCAAGGGCCCCAGAGACUCUCAAAAUACUAUUAGUGUCUUUGAGAACUGAAACCAUUCACUGAAACCUUACCCCUACUUUUACAUCAGAGCUAAACACUCAUCACUUUAGUUUUUUUCCAGACACUUUUCUGUUGUUCCUCUUAUGUGAGAGAGAUCUAAAAAUUAAAAGAUCAACUUUUCAUGGGACGCCUGGGUGGCUGAGUCAGUUAAGCGCUGCUUUCGGCUCAGGUCAUGAUCCCAGGAUCCUGGGAUCGAGCCCCGC